CCAGCAGAGUGAAAUGUGGAAGUUACAGAGGACAGCGAUUGUGCUCCUGUGCUGGGCUGGAAUUGUGUCCUGCAUCACUAGAGAAUAUUACAUAGCAAUUAAGGAUGUUCAGUGGGAUUAUGCACCGAGUGGGAAAAACGUGAUCCAGAACAAGACUCUGGCAGAGGAUGAACAUUUGAGGACGUUUUUGGAGAAGGGGGAGCAGAGGAUUGGCCAUGUCUAUAAGAAGGCAGUGUACCUACAGUACACAGAUGCCACCUACAGGCAGGAGAUAGAAAAACCCACAUGGCUGGGCUUCCUGGGACCCCUCAUCAGCGCAGAGGAGGGGGAUGAAGUGGUUGUGCAUCUAAAGAACAUGGCUUCUCGCAAGUACUCCCUUCAUCCCCAUGGGCUCAGUUACAAUAAGUCCAGUGAAGGAGCUCUGUACCCAGACAUGACGCAGGGGGCAGACAAGCUUGACGAUGCAGUGGCUCCUGGGAAAACCUACACCUACAUCUGGCCUCUAGCCCCCUCACACGCACCGGGGAAAGAGGACGGCAGCUGCCUAACACGGGUGUACCACUCACAUGUCAACGCACCAAAAGACAUUGCCACGGGACUCAUCGGGCCUCUCGUCAUCUGUAAAAAAGGCACUCUGGAUGUACAUGGAGAUAAGACAGCGGACUACCUCUACACCCUCAUGUUCAGUGUCAGUGAUGAAAACCUUAGCUGGUACCUGGAUGACAACAUCAAGAUGUUCUGCACAGCGCCUACGAAAGUGAAGAAGGAUGAUGAGGACUUCAUGGAGAGCAACAAAAUGCACUCGAUUAAUGGUUACGUCUUCGGCAACCUGCCAGGCCUCAGCAUGUGCAUGGGGAAUAAGAUUCACUGGCACCUGUUUGGGAUAGGCAACGAGGUGGAUAUCCACUCCGCGUUCUUCCACGGACAGAUUCUGUCAGACAGGCAGCACCGCACAGACACGAUCAGCCUGUUCCCAGCUACAUUUGUCAGCAUGGAGAUGGAGGCAGACAACCCCGGCCAGUGGCUCCUGAGCUGUCAGGUCAACGAUCAUCUGGAGGCGGGCAUGCAAGUCAUUUUUGAGAUCAAGAAAUGUUUUCCCAAUGUUCAUAAACCCCGACCGUUCGGUGCGGUGAGGGAGUACUACAUCGCAGCUGAGGAAGUGAUCUGGGACUAUGGGCCCACGCAGAUCAACCAGUACACGGGCAUCAAACUACAGGAUGACAGUAUGGCGGACAUUUUCUUUGAUAAUCGUGAUGACCGGAUUGGAGGGAAAUACAAGAAGGUCCAGUAUGUGGAGUACACCGAUGACACGUUCACCAAGCACAAAGAGAGACUGCCUGAGGAGCUGCACCUUGGCAUUCUGGGCCCAGUGAUUAGGGCAGAGGAAGAGGACACCAUAAAAGUUACAUUCAGGAAUAAAGCUAGCAGACCCUACAGCAUCCAGCCACAUGGUGUGCAGUAUAACAUCGAGAUGGAUGGCACACUCUACCAGAAUGUUCUAGAAGAAUCAUACACUGCCAAAAAGCUCAGAGAACUCAAAAAAUUACCAAGAGUUAUUGAACCCCUUCCUGCCGCUCUGGUUCGUCCUGACACUACUUACAAGUAUGAGUGGGUGGUGCCUAAAGGUGGAGGCCCGACUGAAAAGGACCCUGACUGUCUCACCUACACAUACUACUCUGCUGUAGACCCAGUGCGAGACACCAACUCUGGGCUAGUUGGACAUCUUUUGAUCUGUAAACCCAAAACUCUCAAGGGAAGCAAACAAAAAAAUGUGGACAAAGAAUUCCACAUGCUUGCUACAGUUUUCGAUGAGAACCUGAGCUGGUAUUUGGAUGAGAACAUUAACAGAUACACAAAAAAACCAAAGUCUGUGAACAAAGAUGACGAAGACUUUCAGUUGUCAAAUAAAAUGCACUCAAUCAAUGGAUACAUGUACGGAAAUCUCGAAGGCCUGAAGAUGUGUAAGGGAGACAAGGUUUCCUGGCAUCUUUCUGGUUUGGGUUCAGAGGGGGACAUCCAUGGACUUUACUUUGAAGGCAACAGGUUCCUCUACCAAGGAACCCGGAGAGAUACCAUCAACCUCUUUCCCCAUGUGUCCCACACCAUCAUCAUGGAACCAGACAGCAUGGGCCAGUUUCAGGUCACAUGUAUGACUGCUGUGGACAGCCAUGCAGCGAUGAGGACAAACUACACCGUGGAGAAGUGUAGCAUCUGGAGCAGACAGUCAGAGAUGAUGCUCCAUCAGAAGAAGUACUACAUUGCCGCAGUGGAGGUGGACUGGGACUACUCCCCCACCCGCACCUGGGAGGAGCAGAUGUUCGACAGUCUUAAAGACAGCCCUGGCGAGACAUUCCUUAAAAAAGGGGGCAAAUAUAUUGGCUCCAAAUACAAGAAGGUUCUGUAUAGGGAGUACACAGAUGACACCUUCACCAAGCCAAAGGAAAGGCCUGCAGACAUGGAACACCUAGGAAUUAUGGGGCCUAUGAUCCAUGGAUACGUGGGCGAGAAAGUUAAGGUGGUAUUUAAGAACAUGGCAAACAGACCCUUCUCCAUUCAUUCACAUGGAGUAAAGACUGACGUUCCUCAGGUCUCCCCCACUGCACCAGGGCAAACUCAGACGUACACCUGGUACAUUCCCAAAACGGCUGGACCGACAGAUGAGCAGGAGGAGUGCACUGUUGGCGCGUACUAUUCCACGGUGGACACUAACAAGGAUUUGUACAGUGGUCUGAUCGGCCCACUAGUGAUCUGUCGGAAGAGUCUGAUGAGAACGUUGGGUCUGAAGAAGGAGAUCGAGGAGUUUGCUUUGCUCUUCAUGAUAUUUGAUGAGAAUGAGUCCUGGUACCUGGACGACAACAUCAAAGCACAUGUGAAAAGCCCUCCCAGGAAUUUAAAGGAGGAUGAGGAGUUUAUUAAAAGUAACAAAAUGUACGGUAUAAAUGGCUUGCUAUACAACAACCUUCAAGGACUGAACAUGCAUGUGGGAGAUAAGGUGCACUGGUACCUGAUGGGAAUGGGAGGAGAGGUGGACCUGCACACGGCACAUUUCCAUGGACACAGCUUUGACUACAAGGUGAGCGGCACCCACCGUGCUGAUGUGUUUGACCUGUUCCCAGGGACGUUCCAGACGGUGGUGAUGCGGCCCCUCUACCCAGGCUCAUGGCUCUUACACUGUCAUGUUGCCGACCAUGUGAUGUUUGGCAUGGAAACCACAUACACAGUGGCAGAAAAAGAGGAAAAAAAGGGAAUCCUAAGCAAGUUAGGAAGGAGAAGGAGAUAACGGUGAAGAAGAAAUUAAAUCAAGAUAUUUGUGAUUCAUUGCCCA